GGAAAGAAAUCCAGUUCAUUAGUUAAGCAAGACAUUUGAGCAGGGGCUCAAAUUGAGCAUCUAAUCCAUGAAAAGGUAACCCAAGAAGCUAUUGUCACCUUUUGAAACCUAUAUAAAUUGGGCAGGUGACUGGAAGCCAAAGGUACAAUUCUGCCGGAGAUCAAUCCAGCUCUUUUCCUUUGUUCCCUGGGAACCAUUACAAGGGGACCAACCGGCCCCAAGGGCAGAAACAUCUUGUCCAGCUCACCAAGAAAUUAAUAUGAGCCUCAACGACCUCAUCAGCCCUUCCGACCUUGCUGCUGCACUCAGAGACUGCCAAGCUCCAGAUAGUUUCAACCACAAAAAAUUCUUUCAGCUCACCGGCAUGGCCAAAAAGAGCAGCAGCCAAGUGAAGGAUAUCUUCCGGUUCCUGGAUAAUGACCAGAGUGGCUUCAUAGAGGAAGAUGAACUCAAAUUUUUCCUCCAGAGGUUUGACAGUGGAGCCCGAGUUUUAACACCGACAGAAGCCAAAUCGUUGAUGGCAGCAGCAGACCAUGAUGGAGAUGGAAAAAUAGGGGCAGAUGAAUUCGUGGAAAUGGUACACUCCUAAGGCGCUGUAAACUGUCAUGCGGUGUGGACCAGAUGAUCCAUUUAUAGCAGAUGCCGUCUCCAAAGCUUGUAAUCCCAGGAAUCCUUUGUUAAUGUUGUUUUACUCUUGAUUGCGUGUUACUCGUUCAUGGGUUUACACUAGUUAAUAAAUGUGUUUUCGUGCUAGUGUAGACCUUGAUCAUCAUCGCAGCAGUCCCUAUGCUGAAAAAUAGAUAUGUACACCUACACACUAUGUUUCUUUCUCCUGUUCUUCUUCUUGGUUUUUCUGGGUGGGGAGCUUAUGUGGCCCUCCAGAAGUUCAUGAACCACAGCUCUCUGCAACCCAAAGCAGCAUAGCAGACGGUGAAGAAAGCUGGGAAUUAAAGUUCCAUGUCUGGAGGGUGACACAGUUCCUACCCUGCGCUCAGAAUUAUCUCAAAAGGUGUUGAAGGAAUUGGGUUGUAGAGUCCAGUCUCAAAUUCUUGCUAUUGCACCAAUAACAAGCAAUCCACAGUUCGCUUGUUCUCCCUCUUCCCCUCUAUUGAGACUUGUAUUUAUAUUCCAUCUUCCUCCAAUGAGUUGAAGGUGGUCUAUUCAGAUCUCUAUUUGUCUUCACAACAACCCUGUGAGGUAGGACAGUGAAGAGAGAGGGACUGGCCUCAGGUCAUCCAAUUAGUUUCAUAGCUCAAUGGGGACUUGAACUUGUUAGUUUUGGCCUCUUGCUUAAACAGGUUGGACUUCUUUGCAAGACCUAAAAUUUUCUAAGUGAUUGUCUCAUGGAAAUGGCAUCCUGUACAGGUAUAUCUCACCAAUAUGCUGAGCUACAUUCCAGACCAUUUCUAUAAAGCAAAUGUUAGGCAUAUCUCACUCAUAAGUGAGUUAAAUUCCAAACCAUUGCUAUAAAGCAAAUGUCAGGCAUAUCUCACUCAUAUGGUGAACUAAAUUCCAAACCAUUACUAUAAAGCAAAUGUCACCUUAAAGUGAAUCGCAGCCCUUCUUAUUCACUUCCUACAGAUGCCGAUACACACGUUACACGAUCAUUUAUUGAGUGCUUAAUAGAGCUGGGCUUUUGCAAGAGUAGCGAUAAUAAAUAAAAAAUAUCAAAAUAUGGUACUGAGAUAAAUAGUGAAUAAAUGUUAUAAACCGGAUUGGCUAACAAGGUUGUUUCAUUUAAAAGCACCAAAUUGGUGGAAUGAAGCACCUCAAAUUAAGCACCUAAUGUGAGGUAUGCCUGUAGUAUAGUCCCUCUAGAGCCGGUCUUCUACUGUAGGAAAAACUAAAAAGAAAAACAGUUUCACUACUCAAUAUGUCUUGGCAUUGAGAGGAUGUCCCUAAAUCAUGCAGCAGAGUUUCUCCAAAGCUUUUUUGUGUUAUGGAUUAAAAAUAAUAGCAAAACGAAAUGGAAUAUACAAAGUUGCCCAAAGUCAGUUUUUUAUUUUCAUUUAGGAUAAAAUGAAACCAAGCCAGGACAUAGGCUUUGUAAUGUGGAAAUGACAUAAGAAUUGUUUGUUACAUUUCUAUCCUGUCCUUUCUCAGGGUGGAGUUCAUGGCUUUCUUCCCCAUUUAUCAUCACUACAGCCAUGCAAGAUAGGUCAGUCUAGAGAGAGAUUGGUCCAAAGCCUCCCAGGAAGCCACAUGUCUUUUUUAGUCUCUUCUUUAGUCUUAGGUGUCAUCUUCAUUUAGAUUUGAAGCUAUUGGGUCAAUUAACUGGUGGAUUCCACCGAUUAACAUCUAGUUUCAUUUGUUUUCACAUAACUGAAGAUAAGAGUCUGGAGGUGUACCUAUGUCACCUCUUCAUUCCCAUAAAAAAUACAAGCCACUUCCUUCUUGUAAAGUGAACAGUAAAUCCUUCCCAUUUAAGAGGAAAUGAAUGUGGAUAAGAGUCCAAAACCAGAAAUUUCUGAAAAUCCUCUAGGAAAAUAUUCAUUUCUAUAGUGAAAAUUAUUUGGAGAACUUUAACUUCAUUCAUCAUUUUUCAAAAAUGAAUGCUCUGUCACUAAGGCCCCUUCCACACUGCUAUAUAAAAUCCAGAUGAUCUGCUUUGAACUGGAUUAUAUGGCAGUGUAGACACAUAUAAUCCAGUUCAAAGCAGAUAAUGUAGAUUAUCUGCUUUGAUAAUCUGGAUUAUAUGGAAGUGUAGAAGAGGCCUGACUCAAAACAACAUGAUCUGAAAGUUAAACUACACACUAGAUAUGCCUCUUGGGGUUUAAAAUCCCUCCAGUUAUAUAUUUUUUUAUUUUUUUACUACUCUUUAAGGCCCCAUCUACACUGCCAUCUUAUUAUAUAUCUUGAAGCAGGCUCUGGUCUGUGGAACCCCUAUUGCAGUUUUUUUUUUUUGCAUGAUUUAUUCAGGGUUUGCUACUGCAUUUUUUUUUCUUGGAUUGGAAGAAUGUGACUUGUCCAUGAUUAUUUUGAUGUUUUUCAUGGCUGGGCAGGGACUUGAACACUGGUCUCCCAGAAUCCUAGUCCAGCACUCAAACAACUAGAUCAUGUAGAAUCUUUCUUUCCAAAGAAACCCUAUUGUGGGCAUUUCUUUGAAAAGAAAAAAGGUGGGUCGGAUUAUGAGUGCUGGUCUUAUUUACUUAGAUGUAAAAAUUCAAAAGAUUUUGAACUGCACAAGACCCUUAUAGACAGAAGAAAUUGUGGAUCUGCUGCAUGUUUUAAAUCAAAUUAUCAAAGAGCAAUCCAAGGUACUGAGUCUAUUUGGGGGAAAGGAUUUAGCAGUUUCAAUAGAAUCUUGAAAAUAUGGUCUAAAACUCCAUAUCAGAUUCUUUAUUGCACUACCAUUUUACUGUCAGAGAUGCAUUGUCAUCAGGAACAUGUUUCCUGAAAAACAGGUUACAUUAAUGUAAAUAGCAUCGCACUCCCAAACAAGCCUUGUCGGACUAAGUGGGACUCAUUUUUCAGCUGAUUUCCAUCCUGGCUUACGAACAUAUAUAAAAUGCAAUUCAGAUAGUAAUAUUCCCCAAACAGUUGUGAAGAAAUACCCAGCUAGAAAAAGGAUUCUCACUCAUUUCUCAUUCAUAGUUAUUUAAAAUAAGAGCUUAAAUGUAAUAACAAGGGGCUACUAAGAGAACCAGUGUAACCGUUUAACCAAUUUCCAUCUGAACAUUAAGCAUGAUCUUAUACUAGGCCGCAAUAAAUGGUGGCUUCCAUCUUUGUGAGCCUCAAGUCUGCUCCAGAUUUCCAUCCAAACUGUAAAGGAUCUAUCCAAAGACCAGAAGUCCAACUCUCCCCAAUAGGCUCAGCAGCUUAUUCUGUUCCAGUAAAGUUUAGACUAAAAGCUGUAAGAAAGUCCUUUUCUCCCUGACAUGGGCACUACCAGGAAGCCCUAAUAGCCUUUCAUUGGAGAUAAUAAAAUCAUAAAGUUGGAAGGGACCUCAAAGGCCACCCAGUUCAACCCACUGCCAUGCAGGAAAAGCACAACCAAAGCACUCCUGACAGAUGGCCAUCCAGCAUCUGUUUAAAAGCCUCCAAAGAAGUAACUUCCACCCAACUCCAAGGCAGAGAGUCCCACUGUUGUCCUAACUCAAACCUGCAACCUUCUGCAUGCAAAAACAUGUGCUUUAUCGCUGUGCUAUGGCCAAGGGAAGGGGCAGAAAGACCUUGACCGAUUAUCUCAGCAAUGAAAGAAAGAAAAUGUACGAAAAACAAUACAAUGUUGUUACCCAUUUUCAACGAUGAAAGAAUGGCCAUUCAGAAGAGUUUUUUCUCUUUUGCGUGUAUUUUUGGCAAAAUAAAUAUUUCCUCAAGACUG